UGAUUUUGGAACAGCGUAUACCAAUCGAGUUUUCGAGAAAGAACUUACAUGGGUUAGAGGGAAAAGCCAAAAUUGGAGUUAAUGGUAACAUGAGAUGGGAUAUGGAGUUAAGAUUUUGUGGUGAUAGAGCUACUUUCAAUGCUGGUUGGAGAAAUGUUUGCAACGAUUUUGGCUUAAAAUUUGGUGAUGUUUGUGUAUUUGAGAUGAUUAAGGACACUCCACUUUUCUUCAACUUUUUUCUCAUCAGACCCAAACAGCAACCAAUCAACCUUUGCCACCAAAACUUGCCAGACCAUCAUCAAAGCCUCCCUCAGCUAAACAAAGUGCAAGGGCAAACCAGUCAAUCUAGAAAAAGAAAAAGAAGCAGUGAUGGAACUUCUUUCAGAAUCCGUGACAGAGCUCCCAACAUGCAGGAAAAUCAAUUUAUCCUUGAAAUUAAAGAUUAUCACCUUAGUGGAUCUACUGUGUUCAUACCAAACGGAUUUUGUCGUAGGCACAAAGAUUGUCUUGGAAAACUUGUGAAUUUGAAAUUUGGAGAAAUUUUACGGCCAGUGAAAUUGUUAGCACGCGGUGCAUUUUCUGAAGGAUGGUUGAAUUUUGCAAAAGAAUGCAAAUUGAAUACUGGUGACUUUUGUUCCUUCGAACUCGUUGAUGACCAAAAUCUUAUCUUUGAAGUUUCAACUAAAAAAUCAAAAUAGUGAGGUUUUGUGUGUUUGUUCUAUGUAGCACAAGAUUAAGGCUUUUGAUUUCAUCUUAGGUUGCUACUCUUUUGUGUUCUUAUAUGGGUUACUAAUUUAACUGUUUGGAGUUUAAUUUUGUCAUCAUUGUAUGUAUUUUGGUAACUAAACUCCCA